CUGGCGGGUGAGAAAUCCCCUCGGGGCUUCGCUCUUGGCUGACUGAGUCUUGUUCACUAAUCGCUGUGCGACUGGCCUCCUGCUAUACGAUGUGGUGCUGCGACGUGCAUCGCGUACAAUGUGAGAUGGCGGUUAGUUCGAGAGCGAGCGCAUAUUAAACCCGGGCUUCAUCUUCGGCAUCAACAUCCAUCCAUCCCAUCCCAUCCCAUCCCAUCGCAAACAACACAAAAUCCAACCAACCAACCCCUCACAAACCAACUCUACCUCACAAACUCCACCCUCUAUACACUAUACACUAUACACGAUACACAUCACCCACCACCAACCCACCCCCAAAAUGCCCCUCUGGCAAAUCUACCACCCCCCAACACCCUCAGCGCCACCACCAAACAAUCGCUCGCGACCGACAUCACAGAGAUGUACACCACGCUCGGCCUCCCCGCCUUCUACGUGGUCGUGCACUUCACCGAAAUGCCGCUGGAGAACGUCUUCAUCGGGGGCGCGACGCGCUCCGCCACCGAGAAGCCCUUCGUCCGGGUCGUCAUCACGCACAUCGCGAUCCGGGCGCCCGACACCGACGCGGCGUAUCGGGGUGCGACGGCGCGGCUGGAUCGUAUCCUGAAUCCGCAUCUGCUGAACAAGGGGUAUGAUUUUGAGUAUCAUGUUGAUGAGACGGAGAGGAGGCUGUGGAAGAUUAAUGGGUUGGUGCCGCCGAGGUCGGGGAGUGAGGAGGAGAAGGUCUGGGGGAGGGAGAAUCGCGCGGGGGUUUAUGAGGGGGGGGACUGA